AUGUUGACAAUGGCAUCUGAAGAAUUCCAUCUCUUCCCCAAGCUCCCCACCGAACUCCGCCUUAAAAUUUGGGUGCACACCAUCCCCAUAUUUCCGUCUCUCCUCCCCCGCGUCGCCGGCUCCUCCAACGAUGAGCUCCGGUCCACCUGCCGCGAGUCUCGACAGAUCCACAACGAAAACUACAUCCCUGUUUUUCUGCCCCUCGCUCGUAGGCUGUUCAGGAGACCGAUAUCCAGAUACGCCCUGAAAGAUGUGGACAUGACACUGUACAUCGACGACGCUGAGAUCUUGAGGAGGAAUUUCAAGGAUUGGAUCGCCCCAGGCCCCAAGGGGAAUUGGGGCAUCGUGGAACUGGCGGUCGACAAGGAGGUGUGGAAGCUGAGGGGUCCCAGGAGGGGGGAAGCUCACUUGGAAAGCAGAAGCGAUGCCAGAUUUAUGAUGUUGAACCCGCAGAUCGGGCUGGCUGCGCUGGAGGUUUUGACGCUGGUGGCACCGCAUCCAGUGAUGGAUGUAGACAAGAUGGUGCUGGGGAGGUUCGGGCAGGGCUUGGAGCAGGUCGAUAAGGGCCUUGUGGAGGAUGCGCGGCUUGUUUUCAAGACCCUGAAUAAUCUGGAACGAAUAGGGCUGUACGCGGGGUGGAAAGAGCCGGAGCUGGUGUUCGCGGUCGUUCUGCCUCGUCGCUGA